AUGAAGUUUAUUAAUGAAUUGUUCGACAGUCGUGAAGUUGAUGAUUUACCCGAAUGCAUUGAGAGAGAGCAGGAGGAUCCUGAGGCUGUGUGCAUAGUUGAGAAGUUGCUGGAGACCUGUGGCAGUGAGGGGUCUCUGAAGAUCACACUCCACAUCCUGAGGAAGAUGAAGCAGAAGGAUCUCGCUGUAGCAAUGGGAAAUGUUUAUCACAUUUUUAAAAAUAUUAUUUCUCAUAUUUCCUCUCCAGAUGAAUCCAUAAAAAGAAAUCUGAAAACUCAUCUGAAGAGGAAGUUUGAAUGCAUAUUUGAAGGUUUAGCAAAGCAGACAACCCUCCUCAAUGAGAUCUAUACAGAGCUCUACAUCACAGAGGGGGGAAGUGGGGAGGUCAAUGAUGAACACGAAGUCAGACCGAUUGAGACAGCAUCCAAGAGACAAACCACACAGGAGACUGCAAUCCUCUGCAAUGACAUCUUUAAGCCUUUACCUGGACAAGGGAAACCUAUCAAAACUGUGCUUACAAAGGGCAUCGCUGGCAUUGGGAAAACUGUCUCUGUGCAGAAGUUCAUUCUGGACUGGGCAGAAGGAAAAGCCAAUCAGGACAUUGAUUUCAUCUUCACUCUUCCUUUCCGAGAUCUGAAUCUGCAGGAGAAAAGAGAAUUCAGUCUGAUGCAGCUUCUGCAGCACUACUUUCCACAGCUGAAAGAGAUGAAAAGUGUUGACGGUGAUGAAGUCAAAGUUGUAUUUAUCUUUGAUGGACUGGAUGAGUGUCGACUUCCUCUAAAUUUCCAAAGUAGUAAGUACUGCUCCGAUAUAACAGAGUCAUCAUCAGUGGAUGUGCUGCUGACCAACCUCAUUAAGGGGAAUCUGCUUCCCUCUGCUCUCCUCUGGAUCACCUCCCGACCAGCAGCAGCCAAUCAGAUCCCUCCUGAGUGCGUCCACCAGGUGACAGAGGUACGAGGGUUCAAUGACCCGCAGAAAGAGGAGUACUUCAGGAAGAAAAUCAGAGAUGAGAACCAGGCCAGCAGAAUUAUCUCACACAUUAAGUCAUCCAGGAGCCUCUACAUCAUGUGUCACAUACCAGUCUUCUGCUGGAUUUCUGCUACUGUUCUGGAGACAAUGUUGGGUAAAACAGAGAGUGGAGAUCUGCCCAAAACUCUGACUGAAAUGUACACACACUUUCUGCUCAUUCAGACUAAGGUGAAGAAUCAGAAAUAUCAUGGCACUGAUGAGACAGACACAAAGAAGAUGUCAGCAUCAGAUACAGAAAUCAUCCUGAAACUGGGGCAGCUGGCUUUUCUACAGCUGGAAAAGGGCAAUCUGAUAUUCUAUGAAGAGGACCUGAAAGAGAGUGGGAUUGAAGUCAGUGAAGCUUCAGUGUACUCUGGGGUGUGCACAGAGAUCUUUAAAGAGGAGUGUGGGUUGCACCAGGAGAAGGUCUACUGCUUUGUGCAUCUGAGCAUUCAGGAGUAUCUGGCUGCCUUGUUUGUAUUGCAAUCAUGUGUAAAUGAGAACAGAAAUGUACUCAGAGCAGAAGAAUCAGAACCUCACAGUGACAGAGUGCAGCUGUCUGAGUUACACAGGAGUGCAGUGGAUCAGGCCUUAUUGAGUAGGAAUGGACACCUGGACCUUUUCCUCCGAUUCCUUCUCGGCCUCUCUCUGCAGUCCAUUCAGUCUCUCUUAGGAGGACUACUGACAGAGACAGAAAGCAGAUCAGAGAGCAUUAAGAAAACAGUCCAGUACAUUAAGGAGAGGAUCAGAGAGGAAUAUUCAGCAGAGAGGAUCACCUAUCUGUUCCACUGUCUCAAUGAACUGAAUGACAACUCUCUAGUGCAGGAAAUCCAGAAUUCCCUGAGAUCAGGAAAACUUUCUGAUAAAGAGCUGGAACCAGACCAAUGUUCAGCUCUGGCCUUUGUGUUACUGAUGUCGGAGGAGAUCCUGGAUGAGUUUAACUUGAAGACAUACAACACAUCAGCAGCAUGUCAUCAGAGACUGCUACCAGUAGUCAGGCACUGCAGGAAGGCCAUAGUCCUGGGCAUCAUGGCAUCACAGCCGGUUCCUCCCUGGCAGGAUGGCAGGGGGAGGAUAAGGAGGAAAGCCAAGCUCACCAGUUUGGACUUCUAGAAGUGUAUAAGACAGAGAGAAAGAAAACGCAUUCACACAGACACACACACACAAACGCACGUACAUGCAUUGUUUUUAACUUCAGGUGUCAGUGAGUGUAUUAUGUCACAUUCUAAUGUAGGUGGGUGUAUUAUGUCACAUUCCGGUGUAGGUGGGUGUGUUAUGUCACAUUCAGGUGUAGGUAGGAGUUUUAUGUCACAUUCAGGUGUAGGUGAGUAUAUUAUGGUGUGUUCAGGUGUAGGUGUGGCAUACCAUGUUGGCUCACAGCUGUUAUGAUGGUGUUUUUUCUUGUUAAAUUUCUGCAAUAAAUGACCCUGGAUCCAUUA